CCACAUGGGCUGCUAAUGGUGAUCCGUUGGGGAAAAAGUACGCAACCCAAGAAGUUAAUUUUACGUCGUUCCAAACGCUCUAUACGCUUGCUCAGUGCACGAUGGAUUUAUCUGUGUCCAAUUGCAAAACCUGCCUGCAAACGGCUAUCGGUUAUCUUCCGGGUUGCUGCGAGAGGAAACAAGGGGGCAGAGUUGUGUUUCCGAGCUUUAACGUCAGAUAAGAAUUGUACCCUUUUUACCGGAUCACAGCGAAACCGUCCCGCCGCCUUCACCGACACGGAAACCUAUUAUCCAUUCCCCUCCAGCACAACAACCGAAAGGGAAGAACAAGAUGUCAACAACAACUAUAAUCGCCAUUGCCGUCCCCGUUGCCAUCGCUGUUGGAUCUUUGCAGGGAACUGAAGUACGAUUCUGUCGAAC